AAAGCUCGCCGAUGAUCCCGACGAAUGUCAACUCCGAUACCAAAGACACAUCUUAAAGACCUAUGAACAUAAGAUUCAUCACACCAAACACGACGACCUCGAACAAGACAACACACCACUACUAUCGGCUGGCAGCGUACGACUAUUCAAGCAUCGCCAAUGACUGUGAUGCUUCUACAGCACGCAGCGCUCCAGUACUACAAGCCUCCUCCACUUCCAUCCAAAGAUACCUGCACCCAGCAGCAACAUAUGAGCACUCCUCCGCCCGUCCACCGCAACGCGUCACUCCAGGCCUUUAAAACGUCUUGCAACACCAAGGCUAUGCGUUACUAUCGUCUCUGGAUAUACACAUGCAACGCGGUGCUACUGGUCAGCGUCUUGGGAUUCGCGAUCGUUGCAGGCAGAAUCGUGGUGGCCGACCCGCGGCGAUACCUCGUCCCAGGUCUGUCGCUGUACCAGCCGAGCUUCUUGUACGCAUACCUCGCCCUUGCAACGCAGAGCGGACUUCUUCAGCUUGUCGGAUGCCUGGGAGCUCUGCGUCUCAACGAAAGGCUUCUCAACAUCUACUGGUUGCUACUACUAAUGCUUCUUUUCGGUGACGCCAUCGUCGGUAUAGUAUGGGUGUUUCGUUUCGAUAAAAUAUGUGCCGACUUAAGACCGACGCUCAAGCAACGUUUGGCGGCUGAAUACGGGGUGGAUGCCGAUUUCACUACCUUGUGGAACGCUUUGCAGAGAGACUAUAAGUGCUGUGGUGUAGACGGUGUUCAAGAUUUUGAAGGUGGUGUUGUGAACAGGACUCAAGGUGUGCCAGAAAGCUGUUGCAGGUUUCCUCCAUUACCUACCACAUUAACUGUCCAAGAUCACCAACAUCACCACCACCGUCAUCAAACAAUGACAGAAAGAAGGCCUCCCCUGGGAGGGACGCCGACUUUAAAAAUGUACCCAAACCUUCCGUCACCUCCUUCAGCAUCGGCGGCUUCCUCGUUCGCGGAAAAUGGGCCGUUAAAUCACGUAAUAUCCCCGGAGGAGGAAGCCGAAACGAACAGAGUCCCCGCAGACACCACGACAACCCAGAGACUUCCACCGCCGUUCCAAUCCGACACUUGUGUUGUGACCAACGUUGAUGAAUCCCACGUGUACACUUCCGGGUGCGAGAGUCUACUUCUGUUCUGGUUACGUCAGAGUGCAGACGUUCUGUUCGUAUUAGGUUACUGCGUCAUUGCAUUCCUCAAAUUAUGCUUCCUCGGUAUUCUGCGAUACGAAAUUAAGGAGAUGAUUCAAAAAAUAAAGGUGCUUCAAGGUGAAAUGAGAACUCCACAAUUACUACUCACUGAAUUUGAAACCGGGCAAUCGCCGAUUACAUCCCCGACAACGACAACGCGACAUUUAGAGCCUCUACUCAUGAAUCAUCAUGAGAGCAAUAACGGAAAUAUUGUCAUAGGGAGUAAUGGAGGAAUGAUCACUGUAGCUGGCAAUACGACGUCGCCUCCGCCCCAGAUUCGUCACGGAGGCGCGGCGUCAUGUGGAAGUGAACGAUCCGGAAACGCCGUGCUACUUCUCCAGCCACCUGACAGUCUGCAAACGACGCCAUUGCACCACGUAUCGGCACAGCACCAGAGGCACCUCACGAAUGACGGGACGGACUCCGACACGAACAGCAACUGCGCCCUCAUCAUAUCAGAGGACAGUCGGCCUCUGACGGGGAAGACGAAGCAGCCACGGGGAUCCAACGGCAACAACAACUACGAACUGCAUGAAUUUCAAGAGCUCAACAGGCUCCUUGCGAGGCAUCAGAGUCAAAUCUGACUAUGGAGGUGGAUAGCCGCUUGCUUUCCUAUGCUGUUCUUCCCAUCCGUGCCGUCGUCGUCUAGGAAACGCAGGAGGGAGUUCGGUUAUUACUGACCCGAAGGAAGAAACAAUGAUUCUGUCUUCACAUAAAUCAAAAAACUCUCUAACGAUCGAUUCUCAGCUGAUAUGCUAUAGUGAUGUGGUCACGUGCACAACAUAACAGUGCUUUAGUAAAUAACUAGAUUGGUUCUUUCAUACAACAGCAAAAAACAGGACUGAAGAACGUAGGAUAUGAUAUUCUCAUGGCGGCGAGG